AUGGAGGGCUUACGUAUACAUAAAUCCGACAGCACGAAGGAGAUUUUGAAACAAAAACCAGAAAAAAAUAGCAAAGAAUAUCAACCAUCGAGCGCCAGUAUGGAUAGGUUGAAGGUAACAGAUGAAUAUAUCAAGAAGCUAGAAGAUGAGAAGAAUGAAUUGCAGGAAAAAUUGAUGAGACAGGAGAAAGUUAUUGACAUAUUACAAGGACAAUUGACAGCUAAUGGAAUUCCAAUACUUUCAGGGACUAUAACUUCUAUUUUGAAUGGAGAAAUCAGUGAAGCACCUUCAACAAGCGCGAAAGAAUCAAAUGAAGAAGAUAUACCACAGCGUUCUGUAAGACGACAAAUGACACCACAGAAAGGUCUUAGGAAUAAGACAUCGUCAAGCUCAUUGGGGUCCAAUCGUAGCCUUCAAAUACCCAAAUCUCCAAUAGGUCAUUUAUCACCCAUGACGCCCGUUGAUAGAACAAGGGAUUACGAAUCUAAUAGGUCUUCAGUAUAUUCAGAUAUUGAAGAUGGAACGUCGUACAGGAGAAGCUUUACACAGGCAGAAGACUUAAGCAAAUCCAGCAAUAAAGAUAAUGCUAAUGAAACAAUUGAAAUGAACCAUAAUGACACUAUUAACGAGGAUUCAGAUUUGAAACAAGUUGAAGAAUCUAAUCGUACAUUUGAACCGAACGAUGAAAGUUCGAUUAACACAGUUUUGGAAAAUACGAAAGUCAAACCUACAACUAAUGGGGCCAUGGAUAAUAAGCUGCCUAUUAAUGAUAGUAUAUCUACAAAGAAGGAAAUUUCCACUACUAACUUGCUUAAUACGAACGAUGAAAUGAAAGCCUCUGGUCUGGUUACGCAACAUAAGAAUACAAGUACCAGCAGUUUUAACUCGAAUUAUAAAUCGAGAAUCAAAUUACCACCAAGCUUACAACCACCGCAAAAACAAGGUAAAGACUUAUCCAUUGACACGUCUAUAGCCUCAUCAUCGGGAAUGAAGGCUCUUAAUAGUGCCGAAAGAAAUGACUCGAUUGGACGCCAAAUUUCUAAUGAUCAAAUUUCUAUUCAGUCUCUGAUAACUACACCUAUGGAAGGGCCCCCCAGCCAAAGCACCCCAAAACUUGGCAGUGAUACCGGAAGUUUUAGGAAACUAGCAUUGACUCCAGAAAUGGGUGGUUUCAAUGGAAAAUUUGCGCAACGAUCAAAUGAUCAACUUACAGGGGAUUCCCAAACGCACAUUCAACAGCCUAUGCUCGAUAAUGACUCUACUUUGUUGAGGACGCCAAUAACUAACGAAUUUUUGUCACACGAUUCCGAAUCUUUAUCAAGGUUGUCUACACAGACACCUAAUUCUAGCUUUCAAGUCUUACAUACUCCAAAGGCAGAAGAAGAUAGUGCGCUUUUUAUUAAACCUGAUGAAUUUCAGACAAUAAGUCUUACGGUGGUUAGUACCAUAAAUAUAAGCAACUCAGCAUCAUCAAAGAAAGAUGAUCCUGCCUGUACUAUAUCAAUUAACGACAGAGAAUCACAGAAAGAAAUGUGGCGAAUUCGUAAGACUCACUCACAGUUGAUGGCUUUUGAUAAUGAAAUUAGACCAAUAGUUGAGUAUUUUGGUUUACCACCAAUACCUGAUAAGUCUUUAUUGUUGUCAACUUCCCCGAACAAAGUUGAUGCUCGUAAAAAUAAUUUGCAAAAUUAUUUCAAUACAAUCUUUCUAAUGCCUCAUCUUCCUCACAUUAUCUUAUAUCGGAUUUGCAAGUAUCUUUCAUUGGAUUUCAUUAAUCCGUUAGAUGAUUUUAGGAGUGGUGCAAGAAAAGAAGGCUAUUUGAUUCGCCGUUAUAAGGGAUUGGGUUCAUCUUGGAAAAUUAGGUGGUGUCAAGUCGAUGGUCCAUUCUUGGAAAUAUACGAAAUACCUGGGGGUGUAUGUAUAGAACAAAUUAAAUUGAAAGGUUCUCAGAUCGGUAAACAGACAAACGACUCAGUAGCGGAAGAAAGAGGUUAUAGACAUGCAUUCUUAAUUAUGGAACCCCAGAAGAAAAUAUCGUCUUCUUCAUCGAAGUACUUCUUUUGUGCUGAAAGCGAUGAAGAAAGAGAUGACUGGGUUGAAGCAUUAGUUGAAUUCAAUGAAGUGGGUGACACAUCUAUGACAUCUUAUGGAUCAAAUGAUAACGAUAAUUCCUUUUCAACAGAUCUCGACGAAAGGUAUAAGGAUAAUCAAGAAGAAGAAAUAACUAAGCAAUAUUCUUCACAGACAUCUAAUCCACAGACAGGAUUUGUGGGUGGAUAUCACUAUCAACAAAGCACUUCCAGCAUUGACCUUCCAAAUAAUAAUAUUGCUGAGAAGCCAAGUCAGAAAGAUUUGAAAGAGGCUAAAAGAUUGAAGAAAAGAAGUAUAUUUCCUUUCCGUAACAAGCUUAAUUCGCUGAUAUUUGAUUCUAAUCCGACGGAUACAGACCUGUCUCAGACAAUAGUUGCAACACAACCACAGCAAGAACAACAACAAGAAUCAAAUAUACAGCUGUAUUUAGAUCUGAUGAAUUUGGAUGAUGAUCUAACAAAAGCAAUAUUUGGUAGAGAGCUUUCUGUGGCGUAUGAAUUAUCCAAUCAUAAGCUUUUUGAUAGAAGCAUUCCAAGUAUUUGCUAUAGAUGCUUAGAUUUCUUAUUGAAGGCAGGAGCUAUAUAUGAAGAAGGUAUCUUUAGAUUAAGCGGAUCUGCAUCUAGCAUUAGACAGUUGAAAGAUCAAUUUAAUACUAAUUUCGAUUUAGACUUAUUCGAAUCACCAUUACAACCUGAUAUGCACACAGUAUCUGGAUUAUUGAAGACAUACUUGAGAGAAUUACCAACACCAAUAUUAGGGGGCCAACAAUAUAAUGAUUUGAAACAUAUAGCUGAUACUAGAGGUGAAUCAAGUUCAAGGUCAGAGUUAGCCUUGAUAUUCCGAGACUACUUGAGUAAUUCGUCGAAUAUCGAUGAUAUACACUACAACGUAUGCUAUGUGAUCUUUAAAUUCUUGCACCAAAUUAUUGCGAAUAAAGGGACGAAUAGAAUGAAUUUAAGAAAUGUUUGUAUUGUUUUCGUGCCUACAUUGAAUAUUUCUCUUGAAGUCUUGACGAUUCUUUUAGUUGAUUUUGAUUGUAUAUUUGAAGGGGGAUCUCCUAUCGCUAAUGAUAAAAGGGAAGUUCUAGACUUAUACAUUCCAAAUUUUUAA